GGCAUAAAGCGGAACCCGCUGGCACUGCGGAACGCUUCCAACACACAAUUCAUGACAAGCUCAGCUUGGGAACAAAAAAAAAGAAAGAAAGCUACAGAUCCAGCCAUUCAGCUCCUAGAAUCUGUCUCUUCCCCCCACCCCGCAUCUCAACCAAAAAAAAAAAGGCGAGUAGGUGGGCCCGCAGAGAUCCCUUUUUAUCACACACGUUUGCGAAGAAGAGGGAGGCAGAGCUGAGCAGGACUACCUGCUAAAACAAAACCCUUUCUCUGCAGCUUCCAAAGCACUGCCUUUGAUGUAUGGCAACAGACCACUGAUCAGAUUACAGGCAUUUGGACUCACUGCUCGUCUGCCUUUGAUCUGCGUGCUUAAUUUUAUUUUCCUGGAUCUGAAGUUUGCCUGGGCUUGUGCUGACAUACUUAAAAAAAAAAUAAGAAGAUGAAGGCAUUUAAUACAGAAGCUCUGGCAGAGUGAAAUUCACUCACAGAAAGGGUGGCUAUUGGAUAAACAUCAACAUACAAUCAGAUUUAGUUCUUUGUGAUGCGAAAACAUUCAGUAAUGGGCACAAACAUUUUACAGACGGAAUAUACCACAUUGAAGCUUCUGCUACUUCUAACAUAUUUCUUGAAUACUAUAAUUUGUGAAACAGGAGACUGCAGAGAGCAAGAGUUCAGAGAUCACGAUGGAAACUGUGUGCUGUGCAAACAGUGUGGACCUGGGAUGGAACUGUCAAAGGAAUGCGGUUUCGGAUAUGGGGAGGAUGCCCAAUGCAUGACAUGCCGGCCAAACAGAUUCAAGGAGGACUGGGGCUAUCAGAAGUGCAAAACGUGUUUGGAUUGUGCUCUAGUAAAUCGAUUCCAAAAGGCCAAUUGUUCUGCUACCAGCAAUGCUGUUUGCGGAGAUUGCUUACCAGGCUGCCUUAUAGUGAAUCAGAGCAUCAGUCCAUCAAGGUCCAUAUUGUCUAACUCAGACUGGCUGCAGCUCUCCAGGAUUUCAGACCUUAUUGGACCCAAUUUCCCACCUCUAAACUGUGUGUGUACUUGUCUGUAUUUAGGCACUACAAAAGUGAAUCUGAUAAAAAUCCCAUCAACUGCUUCCAGCCCGCGAGACACUGCCCUGGCCGCUGUGAUAUGCAGCGCACUGGCCACUGUACUCCUGGCCCUCCUCAUCCUGUGUGUGAUCUAUUGCAAAAGGCAGUUUAUGGAAAAGAAGCCAAAUUGGUCUGUGAGAUCACAGGACAUUCACUAUGAAGGCUCCGAACUAUCAUGUUUUGACAGACCACUUAACAUAUAUCCUCACAGAGCAUGUUGCCAGUGCCAACGGGACAUGUGUGGCCCAGUACACCUGAUCCCAUCCCUGUGCUGUGAUGAUACUUGCAGCCUGGAGCACAGUUGUCAGAGCUGUCCUUUCCACUCUCAGACCACACUUCACGAAAGGAAUACAAAUUGUGUUGGUGAAAUGAUUCCAGCAUUCCUUGGUUCCCUUUCACACUCUACCUGCGGAGAUCUUUCAGAUGCUUGGCCCCUUAUCCAAAAGCCAGGUUGCUGUGAUGGCAUCUCUUUCUGUGAAUCAUAUCCUGAACUAACAGGAGAAGAUGAAAAUUCUUUCAGCCUAGAGACUGAGGAAAACAUUAUGGAUUCAAACAAUGAUCGGGAUCUAAAUCUAUUCAUGUCUACGAAGUCUCAUUUUAGAAGCUUGGCAGAGUCAGUUGAACUUCCUUCCAAAACCUAUUGUAUAACUGCUUCAUUAAAUCAGACAUUAUCUUCUGAACCAUUAUCAGCAGCAGAACAGAAUGGAGCCGCUAACAAUUCCUGAAAUUGAUGGCCAGGAAUCUAAAUGACCUUUUCUGGUCUGUCCUCAAGCUGAAUGCUUCCCACCACUACAUGCCUUUCUUCUAAUGCCUGUGAAUGGAAUGUGGCCUGGAUAUCAAAGCCACAAAGCUUCAGAAGCAGCUGAGAUCCCUCGGCAUCAUUUAAGACACGGCAGCUGGUGCAAAAAGCUUCAAGGAGGAACUUGGUGAAACCAAAGGCAGAUUCAUGCUACCGUGUCUCUUUUCUCAACGGCACACGACGCACAAGAAAAGCUUGGCAGACGGACCUCACAGCUAAGCAGAUUAUGUAAAUAUAACAAGCUAUAGAAUAGCAUUUUUUUUAAAAAAAAUCUGCCCGUGGCUGCUUCCAUCAGCAGGUGUGUUGUGGGUUUGCCCAUGAUUCUGUUAGCAAAAGGGAGCAUUUAAUGGGAUUUCUCAGCAAGGCGGACUGUUAUGUCAAUAUAGCAUGUGCCAAAAAUCAAACAUGGUUUAUGGAGGGAUUUGCUGAAGUAAAUUGAAGCAUGUAUAUUUUGUUAAAGUACUGUUACAACCUUGGGAGCUAAUUGAUCCAGACAGUUACAGAACACUGUAUAGAAAUAUCUGUGUGGCAAAUCUUGCUAUGGAAAAAACGACAACCCUGCACUCACAGAUUCUUGCAUAACUAUUUAGUAUAGCAGCAUCUUUUCACUAAUAUUUACUCUUUGUUAAAUAUUUCCCAAUUAUACACUUUUUAAAAGUUUCAAACAAAGAUGUUAGACUUAAGUUAGAACUAUAGAAGGUCUUUCUGAGAGCAAAAACUGUUGGAACUUGACAUGGUAUUUGGAAAAAAAAAAAAGACAAAACUUACUAGAUACCAAAAAACUUUUCCCUAUCCAUGUAGUUUGGAUGCAGAGUUAUGUGGAAGUGUUUAGAUAUGCAGAGACCAUAGUAUUAAUAACACUGUUUUGAAGCCAUUACACAGCAUAUACAUCCCCUUCAACUAAACUCUGAUUUUGGUACUUGUUUUACCAGUGUGAAGAAGGUUGGCACAGAUUAUUGCAUAAAUCCAGGGAACACUGUGGACAGUUAAAUAGUGCUGUGGGUAUCCUUCCCUCCCCCAUCUUAUAUAACACUAACUCCCUUAAUUUACAUCCUAACCAUCAUGCUGGCAAUUUACUGCCCAUAUGGAACAAGUUUAAAUAUCUCCCCAGGCAAAUCAGAAGGUUCCAGUAUCUCCUUUUCAGCUUGUCUUUAGCAUGACUGUGACCCUUUGCAGAGAAAAUAAAACCCCUUUCAUACACCCAGUUAAAAUGUGGCACAAGGACUUACUCUGUGCCGCCAUUGCUGCUUGGGGGCAGGGGGGAGGCAGGGCGAGAAACUUUGUCACAACAUCAAUAUAACAACUACAUUAGAGAGUCAUUGUCGUGUGGACCCUGAUGACUAUUUACCAUAUAUAAAAAAGUCUGUUUUAUUAUGUACAACUAUGUGGAUUUUGACAAAGUACCAGUAAGAAUAGAACAUUCAUGGUGUGACUGCAAAUGCAGUCUGUUUUCCAGCUAAGGACUUGGAGUUAUGAGUGAUGGUAGAGAUGAAGACUCACAUAGGCACAAGCUCAUAACACCCCAUUUUGCUGAAAGGAUCAUUUAUCCUAUGCAUACAGAGCACUCAAAGUAUGCUCCACUUCCCUCUGACAGACCUACAUCGUCACUAAAAACAGCAGGAUUCUCCCCUAAGUUGUGAGAAGAAACAGAUUUCAGCAAAUUGGGAAAGUGCCUUGUUUACUUCUUUCCAAACUUGGGAGAAAUGCUAGAGAUCUUCUCACCUCUGCCCCUUCUGCUGCAGUGCCCAGCCACCUAUAUCCUCUCUUCCCCCAAAGUAUGGGAUGGAGUGGGGAAGACGAUGCCCUGUUAUCUCUGCAGAGUCUGGAAGAGCACCUCUCCCCAGAUGUUUUAAGGCAAGCAGAACCAAACCUUCUCUCUCAUUCUCUCUCUCUCUCUCUCUCACUUACUAUCCCUUUGCACACAUGUUGUCCUUGCUCACAGUGCAGCACAUGAUUUACUUCCAGUGUUCAUCUGAAUCAGUGUCCAGCUGAAUCAAACAGGUGCUGGACUGCUGUAAGCCUUGCCUUCAGGUCACAGCUACUGAGCCUUUCUUAGCUCAGACUGGGCUGAAGUACCCUUGAUUGAAGUUUCCAUUGAUCUUGUUCCCAUUACUUACCCCUUUUCCAGUCUUACUAAAAUCUUUGCCUGUUUAGUCUCCAUUCAUGAGUCUCCACCCUAGAUUCUCUCUUAGUUGGCUUGUCCUUCUGGUUUCUUUUGGGUUCCCAUAGCUACUGCAGCCAUUCCCAGAGUCCAUUGCCACAGGGUACGGGUGUCUGAAGCCAAGUAAUAAAGUUGGAAAGAGUUUUCAGAACUUUUUGGAACCCCUUUUGGCAAACCUCUCAGCGUGGAAUUUAAUAUCAUGCCCCAAAUCGACUGCCUUUGUCCCGAGGAAGUAUUGCAUACAAGGAUCUCAUCAAUUGCUGGCAAGUUAAACUAAUGGUACAAAGGUAACAGCCUGAUGAGCAAUCUGGUUAGCAGUAAAGUCAAAGGAUGCCAUCAACCAAAUAUGUUGUACUGCAGAAUAUCCAUUGAAAUGAAUGGGAGCAACAUCUACAAUAUUACUGAGGUAUAACAGUUAUUUAUUUCAGAAGGAUUUUUAUGGGAGAACUUCUCAACAGAUUCUAACCAAAGUACUUUACUUCGAGCUGACCUUAGUCCCAGUAAAAUCAACAUGAUAUUUAAUUAGCAACAGAUGAGUUGGCCUUCUAAAUGAGAAACCCAGAAACCCUUCUAGUUCAUUUUCUGCUUCCUUCAUCAGUUAAGCAGAUUUCUUAAUUCAGCAGUUACUGGGGUUGCUUGUAAUGUGUGAUGACUUUGGGUGCAUGAAAAUUAGAAAGGUUGUAAUCCAUUGCACAUUUAUGUGAAAGUAAGCACCAUUGAGGCCACUUUACUUCCAAGUAUCGAUGCAUAUGAUCCGACUGUUAUUUCAGGAAACAGUUGUAACAAAAUUCAUUUUGUUUUCAUACAUUAGACAAACAUAGCAAAUAAUUUGUACUGUAACAUGAAGAACUAGCUGUAAACUCUGUAAAUACAAAAACAAAUCCAAUGUGCAUUUCAGUGUCAUUGCAAAACUGGUAAUAAAAAAUGGGUAGAGAUUACUAUUUACCUACAAGAACUGCUCUGACAUAGACUAUAAUUACAGAUUUUGUUUUGGUUUUUUUCCCACCAAAAAUAUGCUUUUUGUUGGGAUUUGUAUGAUUGGGCUUCACCAUCUACCUACCAAGAUGUUUAAAAUGCAGCAGGACUUUAAAAUAUGUAUAUAAUGUAAAUACAGUUUUUAAAAUGUUUGAUUUAACCAAAUUGGCCUUGAUUAUGGUGCCUAUGGUAAACCGCGUUGAAUAAGCCAAUAGAAAACAUAAACCUUUGAAAGACUGUUUAGAUACAAGAGUUUUUCCAAUAUUGUUUUUCAUACCGGAAUUCCUGUAAAUUACAGUUGUCUGUAUAUUUUAUAUGUUUUUUUAUUUGUUAAUAAAUAGCCGUUGUAAUAUUA